UUUGGGAAAGAAGAAGAUAUGGGUUUCAUCGGCAGUGUUGCAGUUCACCGUUGGAGCGAUUUUAAGGCAAUUGAUAGGAGAAUGAUAAUGACUGAAUUGUUGUUGAGAUGUGUAAUUGUUGGGUUGUGUGUUCUUACUUCUCUGCUUAUUGGAACCGAUUCUCAAGUCAAAGAAAUCUUCUCUUUUCAAAGGAAAGCCAGUUUCACAGACAUGAAAUCCCUAGGACUUUUGGUGUUUGCUAAUGGGUUUGAAGCAGUUUACUCAUUGAUUCAAGUACUGAGGUGUGUGAUUUGUAUGGUUAGAGGAAAUAUUGUCUUCAGUAAGCCUCUUGCAUGGGCUAUUUUCUCAUGUGAUCAGGUUAUCACAUACUUGACCAUAUCAGCCUUGGCUAUCGCGACCCAAUCUUCUAUGUUUGCAAAGUUUGGACAGUCGGAGUUCCAGUGGAUGAAGAUUUGCGAUAUUUAUGGAAAGUUCUGUAAUCAAGUGGCCGAUGGAAUCGGCACCGCGUUUAUUGCUAGUGUGUGUAUGGUCUUCAUCUCCGGGAUGUCUGCAUUUGGGGUUUUCCGUUUGUAUGGGGGAAACAAAUGCAAGUGUUAGC